UUAUAAUAAAAUAAAAGCAGCGACUUUCGUGAUUUAGAGGCGGCGUCUUGAGGCGUGUCCCUUUACGGCCACCGUAGUAAAUGAAUGGCUUUUAGAGGAAUCGGUCAAGGUGACAGUCAGCCAGCCAUGCCGGGAGCUCCGCGUCUGCAGCCGUUCGCCGUCUUCGCGGCCGAACCGGCCGGUGACGGAGAACAAAAGGCCGCGACGUCGUUAAACCUGGACGAACUGUCCGUGUACGCCGCUCCGCAGCAGAACCUUCGACAUGCGGAGCUCGAAGCGGGUCAGGUGGAGGAGCGUGUCGCCACCCUCAGGAAGCUAGCGGAGCCGUACACGUCUUGGUGUCAGGGCGCGUACGGACAAAUCAAACCCAAAGUUCAGAACGUCGUCCAGUUCGGGAAUGACACCUACGGCUACCUGCAGAACCCUCCCAAGGACUUUUACCCUCGGGCGGGAAUCAUCGGCUUCGCGGGAGUCCUCGGAUUGUUUCUCGCCAGAGGCUCCAGGGUGAAGAAACUCCUGUACCCGGCGGGCUUCGUGGCCGUGGCGGCCUCCCUGUACUACCCGGAGCAGGCGGCCGCCGUCGCCAAGUCAACCGGAGACUCCGUUUACGAGUUCGCGGUGCAGGGCUACGCUUCAGUGGAAAAGAUCCUGAAGUCCCAAAGCAAAGACAGAAACAAACCGGAAAAUAAACCGUGAAGAUGUCGGUUUGACUUCCUGACAGCUGAGCAAUAAUCUGCAGCUUAUUCCCUGUUGAUAAACAGGCUUUACCAGUGCCCUCUCUAUGCACCAAGUUUAACUUGUUACUCAGGCCAGAACUUGACUGUAUUUCCUCUGAUCUGAAUGUAUAUUUAUGUAGGAGAGAAUCUGUUUUAGAAUAAAACUUGAGAUUUGAACGAU